CCAAAAAUUAAGAAAUCUCGAGUUAUCAAAAUAAGUAUAAAUAGCUUAGAAAUAAUCAUUUAAUUGUUAAAACUUGUCAAUACCUAACUUCUGCCCAAAAGUGGUUUUCAUAUAUUUUUGGAAAACUGGAACAGAUUUUCCUCCCAAAGAAGAAGUUUAUUGAAAUUAAAGCAUUUUAUAAGCAUAUACCAGAAUUUCGACAAAUAGGAUUAGGUUCUUUCGAAUUUAUUCCCCGAAUAAAAAAAAGAAAAAAAAAGAAAAGAAAAGCAAAGGUAAAAUGGGAACCUCCGAGAGAAAAACACACACGGCAGAAUUCAUCUUGAUUCUCCUGCUCCUUUCUUUAAAACCACACCGCCUCACUUUUUCUUCAUCCACCACCACCCCCAUCAUCAUCAUUAAACUCACGCCCACAGACUUCACCCUCAUUCCAAUUAUUUCUUGCAUGCAUAUCGAUUGUCGCCAAUCACCACCAUCUCUAGUCGUCGCUCAAUUAAUAAUUUAAUACCAUCGUUCGUCGUUGCAAGCAGCGACCACGCAUACACAGUGAACUGCCAAGCCUGGCGCUCGUGCUUGCUGGAUUGCUGUUGUGGAUCUUAUCCCGUUCGCCUGCUCAGCUCCAGGAAGUCUACUUGGAAUAGUGACUAAUUCACCUAUGGACAUUGGAGGGAUUGUGUUGGGUUCCUUUUUGGCUUCAUCCUUUCAGGUCCUGUUUGACAAGUUGGCUUCUCCCGCAUUAGUUUAUGCACAACGUAAAGGAAUCAGCACUACCUUGCCUAAGGAGUGGAAGGAGAAACUAGUCAUAAUCAAUGCAGUGUUGGCUGAUGCAGAGGACAAGGAACUUAGUGGUAACCAUCAAGUGAAGUUGUGGCUGGACAAGGUUAAGGACUUGGCCUAUGACAUGGAAGACUUGCUCGAUGAGUUUGAGAUCAAAGCUACUCAAGUUGAGUUAGAGGCAGAAUCCAGCACAAGCAAAGGUUUGGGGAAAUGGAAGUUCUCUGUAUUUGGCCGACCACCCUCACUCAUGUCUGAAACCAAGGUACAAGAGAUCAAUGACCGGUUGGAAGAGAUUGUCAUUGGAAAGGUUCAUCUAAACUUGAGAGAGAAUGUUGUGGACAAAUCCAACUACACCAGCAAAAGGAUAACCACUUCUCUAUCAGAGCCUCAAUUUUUUGGUAGGGAGGAGGACGUAGAACAAAUACUCGAACUAUUGAUCAAUGAGGUCGAAAAUUCUAAUGCCACGCUAAGCAUAGUCCCCAUAGUUGGGAUGGGCGGUAUUGGAAAGACUGCCUUGGCUCAACAACUGUAUAAUGAUGCAAGAGUGAAUAGAUGUUUUGAGAUGAGAGCAUGGGUUUGUGUUUCAGAUGUUUUUGAUGUUCUCGACAUAACAAAGACUAUUUUACAGUCAAUCACUAGGUUGCCCUGUGAGGGCAAAGAUCUAAACGAGUUUCAAGUUAAGUUGAGGGACAAUCUUUUCGGAAAGAAGUUUCUUGUGGUUCUAGAUGAUAUAUGGAAUGAGAAGUACGAAAAAUGGACUGAUCUCUUGAAGCCAUUUGUAGUGGGUGCUAGGGGAAGCAAGAUUAUUGUUACGACUCGCAACCAUGCUGUUGUUUCAGUUACAAAAGCAUCGCCAAUUCCUUUGAAGGAAUUGUCCCUCAAUGAUUGUACAAGCUUAUUAGCCUUUCAUGCUCUUGAAGAAACAAAUUUUAAGAGUCACCCGGAAUUUGAAACAAUAGGCAAGAAAAUAGCUGAAAGAUGUAAAGGUUUACCUUUGGCAGCGAAGAUGUUUGGCGGUGUCCUACGUAAUAAAAUGAAUCCCAGUGAAUGGGAAGAUACCUUAAAUAACAUAAUAUGGGAUCUUCCAACGACAAAGAAUGAUGAGGUUCUCCCUAUUUUGAAAUUGAGCUAUGUCCAUCUUCCUUCCUAUUUGAAGAGAUGCUUUUCUUAUUGUGCAGUUUUUCCUAAGGAUUACGAAAUUGAGAGAGAUGAGCUAGUACUCUUAUGGAUAGCGGAGGGAUUUUUAGAUGGACAAAAAACAAAGAAAAAUAAGUUGGAAUUAGGAUGGAAUUACUUGGAUGAAUUAGUAUCAAGAUCAUUUCUUCAAAAAUCAAGUGUCGACACAUCUAAGUUUUCAAUGCAUGAUCUUUUGAAUGAUCUAGCAAAGUCAAUUGAGGGUGAGAUAUGCUUUAGCUCGGGAGUCUCAACCGGCAAUUAA